UUUAGAAUGAGAUGGCAGACAAGCUGAAAAAGACAAGCAAGGUGACCACAAGUGUUGCCAAGUCUCCACAGCCAGGCGCAGCUGCAGUGGCUUCCACGGUGGCAACAGUGGUGCCUUCAGUAACCCCACCUUCGGUUGUACCCACCAUCAAAAAGAAAGACACACUGAAAACUCUGAUUCCAAUGACCGACCCCAAAUCAGCAGCUGCCCAAAAGCGAAAGCAUAAACUCAUCUCCACUGGAGGAAAGGGCUUAAACCCCAGAGAAAAGUUGUAUUGUGUGUGCAAAACACCUUAUGAUGAAAGCAAGUAAGUUAGUUUGUUUGUUGUCCUUGUUUUUAAUAUAUCAUUCCAGGCCUUCAUGCAUCAUUAGAAAUAAUUCAAGAAAAGAAGUGCUUUUGCUGUUUAAUUUGGAUUACACAGUACCGGGUAUUCAUAAUUUCUCAAAUAUUUUUUUCAUUAAAAAAAAAAAAAAUUUCAGCUCAGUAAUUCCUGAAAUUUUCUUUUGGCCUUGAAGAACAAAUUCAAAAAACUAUAUUCAAUGUGCCAGUGUAUAGCAUUCACUAGUCUAUCUUUAAGAUUAUAAAAAAAAGUUAUAGGCAGUUUUAAAAUGUGUCCCAAAAACUGAAAUAGCUUAAAGUAAAGUAUGUUACAUUUAGCUAUUCCAAAAAUAUUUUAAUUAAAUAACCUGUGGUGGUUAAGACAUAUGUUCAUAGCAGAACAGCAGGUUGCCGUGCACCUUGGCUUGUUAGUACUUAUUUUGUAGGCUAUAUUAACAGGCUCAUAAAUAUAAACCUUAUAUGUUUAAAGAUAUUUUAAUUUAUAAAAAUAUCAGGGCUAAAGUACUGUGCCAUUGUAAGUGCCGGUUUUUGCAUUUUGUACUGUUAUGCUGUAUAAUCAUCUGGUUUUGUUAAAAGAGUUACAAUGUUGGAUUGUUAUUACGAACAGGUUCUAUAUAGGAUGUGACUUGUGUUCUAACUGGUUCCAUGGGGCCUGCGUUAAUAUUAGUGAGGAUCGGGCUAGAUUUAUCGACUCGUAUGUGUGUGAAGAUUGCCGCAAGCAGCAAGAGCAUAUUUCGGAAGAGCUUUAUUGCCUCUGUCGCACACCUUAUGAUGAAAAUCAGUAAGAUUUUUUUAAAUUAUAAAGCUGCACGCCAGUAGCAUUGAUUUUCAGUUCAUUUUCACCAUUUUACCCAGUGUAUGUCCUUUUCAAUUUUUACACUACUUAACAGUUGGUGAAAUUGAUGAGCAGUACAAAUUAGUGUUAUUCAAUAACCUUUUCAUUGAUAAUCAACAGAUUUUAUAUUGGAUGCGACCGUUGUCAGGACUGGUUCCAUGGUUACUGUGUUGGCAUUUCUAAACAUGAAGCUGAUUCAAUUGAAGUUUAUGUUUGCCCCAAUUGCCAGAACCAAGAAGUGGCUGAUCCUAUAGCACAGAAGCCCUUGACCCCAUCAGAAUACCAACAGUUACAAAAGCUACUUAAAGAUUUGCAGGUUUGUCUUUAUUCUAACAUUUUUUUUACUUGUUGUAGAUAAUUUAUUUUUAAUAUGAAUCAUGACCAAAAAUUUUAGUUUUGUGUACUUUUGCACUUAAGACCUUCAAAUUAUCAGCAUUCAUGCAGCAAAUAAUAUGCGGUAUUCUAAACAUGAAUUUUUUUUAGAACAAAGUUACAUAUCUUUGUUAUCACAGCCAAUGGGUAUAUAGCAUAGCAAUUAAGUCUUUUUCGCAAAUAGCAUAGCAAUAAAGUCUUAUGCGCAAACUGAAAUCUUUCAGGCACAUAAAAUGGCCUGGCCGUUUUUACAACCUGUGGACCCUAGAGAAGUUCCAGACUACUAUGAUAUUGUUUCUGAACCUAUGGGUAAGUGUGCACGCUCAUUUUGAAUGUCGGAGAUUAAUUAAAUCAAUUUUUGGUAAAAGAAGUAAUGCACAUUUUACAUUUUAGCGUAGCAUAAUUUAUAAAAAUAUCAGGGCUAAAGUACUGUAUAAGUGCAGGUUGUUGCAUUUUGUACUCUUUUGCUGUAUAAUUGGUUUUGUUAAAAUAGUUACAAUGUUGGAUUGUUAUGCAUAAGUAUAUACCAGGAACAGUUUAGACUUUUUUAUUAUUUUUUUUGGCGUUCAGGUCUUGUAGAAAUUUUAACUGUUGCAAACAUCAAUUAUUAUGGCUCAUCUUCAUUUCAAUGAUAAGUUUUAAAACUUGUUCCACUCUACCAAUUUUUAAAUUUAUUUCAUUUAUUCACAGAUCUGACUAUUGUUGAGGCCAAGUUGAACAGUAAAGCUUACCAUAAACUAAAUGACUUUAUGAAGGAUAUUACAAAGAUCUUUGAUAAUUGUAGGUUGUACAAUCCAGUGGACACAGCUUACUUUCAGUGUGCCGAAGUGGUUGAGACGUAUUUUGCACAAAAGGUCAAGGCCUUGCGCAGUGCAAACAAACUGUGAGGCAAACCUGAAAACAUUUUAAGAAAUGAACCAUAGAGUAAAGAAGAAAUGGGCAGCAGGGAACAAAUGAUUUCACUUUGAUUUUGUUAGUGGCGCUUUAAAAUGGGAUGGUGACUUGGUCAAAGUGAAGUGGAAAUAUUGUGUAAAUAGAUGUGUGUAAAAAAAAUAUAUUUUUAUGUAUCUAAAUUUGCAUAAUGUCUUUGAAAUCAGCAGUUGGUGAUGCAGUUAGUAGUAAUGCUUAUAUAUGAUAUACUUGUAAAAUACACAAAAAAUAUAUCAUUUUUAGCUUCCCAAAAUAUUGCAGCAUCAUUGUAAUAUACCCACAUAUAUAUUACGUUUGUUUUUUUUGGUGUUUUUUUCUUUAUUGGGGGGUUGUCUUUUUGGCAUCAAUAUUCUGUUUAAAUGGUUGAGGUUACAUCCUUACGGUGGUUGCAGUCCAGGUGUCUUACGCUAUACCGGUAAAAUAUUUUAAAAAUGAAAUGUGGAAUGUGGUUAAUCGGUUAUCACUAAGUCGUCAUCCAUUUUUACAGCAGUCAUAUAUAUAAUUAUAAAUGUGUAUGUAGUUUUCAUUUAUGAUUUUUCCACUUACCUUUAUUGCCGAGCCUCUCAAUUAUAUUUUUUUGGACAUGGAUUACAUUUUUUGUAUUUUUUUGUAAAACGCCUACAAGUUGUUUGAAGGGAAUUAGUCAAUUAUUUUAUUACUCAGGGAUAACAUAGCAAUCUUUACAUUUAUGUAAAAUUAGAUCCAUUAGGGCACUCUUUAAUGCUUCACAAAAACACUUUCAGUUUCAGAGCAUUAGCUUGAGGAUGAGCCUCGAUAGUUAUUGUUGCGAUUGAAAUCUUAAAUUUACUUUAAUGUUCAUUGAGGUAGUGAUUCCUGUCCUAGUAAGUCCUAUUUAAUCAUUUUUAUUUAGACCACUUCUAAAAAGUUUUAAUUUAAAAAUAUUUUUCAAUCGAUGGUCAUUAGAAUAUUUUAAAGGCUUGUGAUUCAGAAUCAGCUAUUAAUAAUUAAUUUCAUGGUAGGUCUAUAAUCUCUAUCUCAUUCAAAAUUUUAAACAAAUGAGUAGCCUUAAUUUACUUGUAAUUGUAAUGAUGCAAUGUUGAAUGCAUGCUGUUAAGUCUAAGCAAUGUAUUAUAUGCUUUACAACUAUGAAAUUCUGUGUCAAACACUUUAAAUUGAACUUCAACCAAUGCUGGAGCCAUUACAACCUGGUUGUUGUAUAGUAAAUAUUGAUGCUGCUUGCAAUAUUUUGUUAACUAGAUUUAAGUAGAGGCAUCACUAUUUAGUCCCCUGACACUUCAUUUUUACAAUUAAUUUGUAAUUUAUCAUUUGCAUUGUGUAAAUUCUUUGCUAAAUGUACAGUGUACUGGUA